UGCAGCGCAACUGCUCAGCAACCCUCCUCCUGCAUCUCCGCCGGGAAGGGAAGCCAGGAGACCGGGCCCUCCGAGGGCCCCGCGCCGCCCAUGACACUGCUCGCCCGGGACUCGGGGAGAUGCUGAGACGGAAGGAGGCAAUGGCCGCGGGGAAAAACUCCCUUCCACGUCCCGUCCACCGCACGGCCUGGGCUCCCGCUGCUCCUGCUGCCGACGCUGCUGCUGAUCGGUCGGAGGAUCUGAUGAUUUAACCCUGGGAUCGCCUGCCCGGAUUGAUUCCGGCCACCCACUACAAUGAACGUGCUCGGCGAGAAGCGAUGCAUUCCUUCCAGUAGAAAUCACCCCGUCUCAUGUAGUGGUGUCCCAAUUAAUGGAUUCUGACAUGGAUUAUGAAAGGCCAAACGUAGAGACUAUCAAGUGUGUCGUGGUCGGGGACAACGCCGUUGGCAAGACCAGGCUCAUCUGUGCCCGUGCCUGCAAUGCCACUCUCACCCAGUACCAACUGCUCGCCACCCAUGUGCCCACCGUCUGGGCCAUCGACCAGUACCGGGUAUGCCAGGAGGUGCUUGAGCGCUCCCGAGAUGUAGUAGAUGAUGUCAGCGUGUCUCUGCGGCUCUGGGACACCUUUGGAGACCAUCACAAAGACCGGCGCUUCGCCUAUGGGAGAUCUGAUGUGGUGGUUCUGUGCUUCUCCAUCGCCAACCCCAACUCCCUGCACCAUGUCAAGACUAUGUGGUACCCCGAAAUCAAACAUUUCUGUCCCCGGGCCCCCGUUAUCCUGGUAGGCUGCCAGCUGGACCUGCGCUAUGCUGACCUGGAGGCUGUGAACAGGGCAAGGCGCCCCUUAGCCAGGCCCAUCAAGCCCAAUGAAAUCCUGCCACCAGAGAAAGGCCGGGAGGUGGCCAAGGAACUGGGCAUCCCAUACUACGAGACGAGUGUGGUGGCCCAGUUUGGCAUCAAGGACGUGUUCGACAAUGCCAUCAGAGCCGCCCUCAUCUCCCGCCGCCACCUACAGUUCUGGAAGUCCCACCUGCGCAAUGUCCAGAGGCCCCUGCUUCAGGCCCCCUUCCUGCCCCCCAAGCCUCCGCCCCCCAUCAUCGUGGUGCCCGACCCCCCGUCCAGCAGUGAGGAGCGCCCUGCCCACCUGCUGGAGGACCCCCUCUGUGCGGAUGUCAUCUUGGUGCUGCAGGAGAGAGUGCGCAUCUUUGCCCACAAGAUCUACCUCUCCACCUCCUCCUCCAAGUUCUACGACCUGUUCCUCAUGGACCUGAGUGAGGAAGAGUUGGGGGGCUCUGGAGCGGGAAGCUCCCUCCCAGGGGAGGAGCCUCGGGGCCACCAUCACCACCACCACCACCACCACCACGGGAGGGACUUUUUGCUGCGGGCAGCCAGCUUCGACGUGUGCGAGAGUGUGGACGAGGGCGGGCCGGGCCCCGCGGCCCUCCGGGCCUCCACCAGCGACGGGAUCCUGCGGGGGGACGGGGCGGGGUACCUCCCGGGCCGGGGACGGGUGCUGUCGUCCUGGAGCCGGGCCUUCGUGAGCAUCCAGGAGGAGCUGGCCGACGACCCCCUGACCUACAAGUCUCGGCUGAUGGUGGUGGUGAAGAUGGACGGCUCCAUCCAGCCGGGACCUUUCCGAGCUGUGCUCAAGUACUUGUACACCGGGGAGCUGGAUGAGAACGAGAGGGACCUCAUGCACAUUGCUCACAUCGCAGAGCUCCUGGAGGUCUUCGACCUGCGCAUGAUGGUCGCCAACAUCCUCAACCAUGAGGCCUUCAUGAACCAGGAGAUCACCAAGGCCUUCCACGUUCGCCGCACCAACCGGGUCAGAGAGUGUUUGGCCAAAGGCACUUUUUCGGACGUGACCUUCAUUCUGGAUGACGGGACCAUCAGCGCCCACAAGCCCCUGCUCAUCUCCAGCUGCGACUGGAUGGCUGCCAUGUUUGGGGGGGCCUUUGUGGAGAGCUCCACCAGAGAGGUGGCGUUCCCCCACACUAGCAAGAGCUGCAUGCGGGCCGUGCUGGAGUACCUCUACACGGGCAUGUUCAGCUCCAGCCCGGACUUGGACGACAUGAAGCUUAUCAUCCUCGCUAACCGACUCUGCUUACCCCACCUGGUCGCCCUCACAGAGCAGUUCACAGUGACCGGACUAAUGGAAGCCACACAGAUGAUGGUGGACAUAGAUGGUGACGUCCUUGUAUUUCUGGAACUGGCUCAGUUCCACUGCGCGUACCAGUUGGCUGACUGGUGCCUUCACCACAUCUGCACCAACUACAAUAACGUGUGUCGGAAGUUCCCCCGGGACAUGAAGGCCAUGUCUGCAGAGAACCAGGAGUACUUUGAGAAGCACCGGUGGCCCCCAGUCUGGUACCUCAAGGAGGAAGACCACUACCAGCGGGCACGGAAGGAACGCGAGAAGGAGGAUUACCUCCAUCAGAAGCGACAGCCCAAGAGAAGGUGGCUGUUCUGGAACGGCCCCUCCUCUCCUUCCUCUUCUGCUGCCUCUUCGUCCUCACAGUCGUCCUCCUCAGCUGUGGUUUGAGCAAUGCCUCCGCCCUCCCUACACCACCGCUGUCACCUCUCCUUCCCUACCCCCUCACCGCCCCCUGCCCCCGUUUCUGGCCUUCCCCCUGCCCGCCUGUCCAGGAACGGGGGCUACUGACUGGCUGGGGCUAGGCUCGGGCCCUGCGGGUAUGGAGCAGAGAGCAGCGGCGAGGACCGGUCGAGGAGGGGAGACGGGGCAUGGGGCCCCAGUUCAGAGUGGGUGAUGGAGGCCGCUGCCAGGCAAAGGGAGCUAGUGGCCCCAUUUGGCCCUCUCCUCUCUCCACCAAGUCCACAUGAGGAGUCCCUUAGCCAAGGGGAAAGGCCUGGCCUGCCCAGCAGAAACCUCUCUUUACAGGAAAAAGAUGGGCUUCUUGUGUGGGACCGUUGUUCCCCAACAUUCUUGUUGGCUCCGAUGUUUUUCUACCACAGAGGAUCGGGGGUUCAAAAACGAAUCAGGGUCAUUUUACAUGGGGCUUCUCCUCUCUGUCCCAGGCUCCAUGAGGGUCCUCUUGGAGAGGGCAGAUAGAAUCUUCUCACCGUGGCACCAGCCUCACAAUCUGCUUCCAUGCAAGGAAACACAGGGACACUCAUGCUAGACAAACUGAGCGAAGGGAAGGAGAGAGAGCCAGACACACCACCCUAGGAGAGGUGAACAGCCUGGGCUGCUUGGUAACCAAACCACUGGGCCCAGUGAGUCAAGACCGGCUGCGGUUGUCACUGGGCCCAGAGGGUCAAGAGCUGCUGGGGAGUUGAUCCAAGCUCCUAGCUGAAGACAGGGCAGCUGUUUCUGCUGCUGCUCCUAAGGUAGAGGACUCCUCCCUCCCACCCCCCAACUACCCAGGCCCCCAAUACUGCUUCGCCUUGAACUGCAGAGAGUUAAGGGCUUGGAGUACAGGAGCCAGUGGGAACUGGUGGGGGCCAGGAGAAAGUUGGGGAGGGGAUUGCGGACCAGACUCCAAACCCCCUCCCCAGUCUUCUGCCUCCUCACUUACAUCGUCCCUAUCCCCACACCAGGUUAGCACAGCUUUGGGAAAUAGCAAAAAAAAAAACCCUCCAAAACCCAGUCCCCUAACAUUAUAAUAAAGCCAAACAAAAACUCUCCCCACCAAGGUUGGGUUGUCGAACAGCCCAGUUUUCCCUCCCCCAGGGGAAGAGAUUUCUGCUGCCAUCUACCCUGGCCCCUUUAGGUUGGUUUAGAAUGAUGGGGAGAAGGGCCCCACCUCCACCCCCAGCA